AUAAUUUCAAUUUGUUUAGUUUAUUUUUUAAAUUUUUUGAUUUUUAGAGUUUCUUUAUUUAUUUAUAGAAUUAAUUUAAUAAUUUUAGAUAAAACUAUUUUAAUUGAAUUUUCAAUAUUAAAUUUAAAUUCUUCUUCUAUUAGAAUAGUAGUUUUAGUAGAUUGAAUAUCUACUUUAUUUAUAAGUUUUGUAUUAUUUAUUUCUUCAAUAGUUAUUUUCUAUAGAGAUGAAUAUAUACAUGGAGAUUUGAAUUUAAAUCGGUUUAUUAUACUAGUUGUUAUAUUUGUUUUAUCUAUAAUAUUAUUAAUUAUUUCCCCUAAUUUAAUUAGAAUUUUAUUGGGAUGAGAUGGAUUAGGGUUAGUUUCUUAUUGUUUAGUUAUUUAUUAUCAAAAUGAAAAAUCAUUUAAUGCUGGAAUAUUAACUGCUCUUACAAACCGUAUUGGAGAUGUUAUAUUAUUAAUAUCUAUUGCUUGAAUAAUAAAUUUUGGAAGAUGAAAUUAUAUUUUUUAUUUAGAUUUUUUUAAAAAGGAUUUUAUUAUAGAGUUAAUUACAUAUAUAAUUAUUAUUGCUGCUAUAACAAAGAGAGCUCAAAUUCCUUUUUCUUCUUGACUUCCUGCUGCUAUAGCUGCUCCUACACCGGUAUCUUCAUUAGUUCAUUCUUCAACUUUAGUUACAGCGGGUGUAUACUUAUUAAUUCGUUUUAAUUUUUCUUUUUCUGAUAAUAUAAUAUAUUUAUUAUUAUUUGUGGCUUCUUUAACUAUAUUUAUAUCAGGUUUAGGGGCAAAUUUUGAAUUUGAUUUAAAAAAAAUUAUUGCUCUUUCUACAUUAAGUCAGUUAGGUUUAAUAAUAAGAAUUUUAGCUUUAGGAGAGUAUAAGUUGGCUUUUUUUCAUCUAUUAACUCAUGCUUUAUUUAAGGCUUUAUUAUUUAUAUGUGCGGGUAAUAUUAUUCAUAAUAUAAAUAAUAAUCAAGAUAUUCGUUAUAUAGGAGGAUUAAUUAAUCAAAUACCUUUAACUUGUACUUUUUUAAAUAUUUGUAAUUUUUCUUUAUGUGGCUUACCUUUUAUAUCUGGAUUUUAUUCAAAGGACUUAAUUGUUGAAGUAAUAAGAAUACAAUAUUUAAAUAUUUUUAUUUAUUUAGUAUUUUAUAUUUCUAUUGGUUUAACUGUUUGUUACAGAUUUCGUUUAACUUAUUAUACUAUAACUGGUGAAUUUAAUUUUAUUAGUUUAAAUUGCAUUAGAGAAACUGGAUUUAAGAUAUUAAAGGGUAUAAGAGGAUUAAUUUUUUUUGUUAUUUUUAGAGGUAGAAUAUUAUCUUGAUUGAUAUUUCCUGUUCCUUAUUUUAUUUGUUUACCUUUAUUAUUUAAAUUAAUAACUUUAUUAAUAGUAAUUUCAGGUAUGAUUAUCGGGUAUGAAAUAUCUAAGUUUAAGAUUUUUUAUAUAAAUAAAUCUUUAAAGUUUUAUAAUUUUUCAUUAUUUUUUUCUUUAAUGUGAAAUAUACCUAUUUUAUCUACCUUUGGGGUUAAUUUAUAUCCCCUUAAAUUAGGAGAAAUUUAUAUUAAAAGAUUUGAUCAAGGUUGAUAUGAAUAUUAUGGAAGACGAAAUCUUGGAUUUAGAAUUAGAUCUAUAACUAAAAUUGCUCAAUUUUUAUCAAUUAAUCAUUUAAAGAUUUAUUUUUUAUUGAUAUUAUUUUGAAUUGGAUUUUUAAUAUUAAAUAUUU